GUGAGAAAGACAAGCAGAGUUUGUGCGCUUUGGAAACUCGAUAGGAGGCAGCAGCUGAUCUUCCCAUCACCAGCCUAAAAAUAAUCCACUCCAGGGCUUGGAGCUGCUUCAUUAAGUGGAGGAAAAUCCUGCCACCGGGAUGAUAUUGAUCACAUAGCACAACCGAGUGAAAAUUUGGGUUGGUAUUUUGUUUUUGUGUUUGCAAAGACAUAUCUUGCAGAGUGUGCAGAACAGUGAUAAUCCAGUAGCCAGACCUUCUGGAAGCCAUGAGGCUUGCAUUUUGUGGUAACGACAAUGCUUCAGCCUAUAACAUCAGUGCUGGCGUUCUUAGAAAUGUCUGCUUUGUGGAUGCCCUCAACUUGGUUCCCCAUGUCUUCCUGCUUUUUAUCACCUUUCCAAUUUUGUUCAUUGGCUGGGGAAGCCAAAGCUCCAAAGUCCAGAUUCACCACAAUACAUGGCUACACUUCCCUGGACACAACCUACGGUGGAUCCUGACAUUCACUCUCCUGUUUGUACAUGUGUGUGAAAUAGCAGAGGGCAUAGUUUCUGAUACACAAAUGAAAUCUCGCCAUCUCCAUCUAUUUCUACCAGCUAUAAUGGGAUUUGUGGCUGCUACUGUAUCCAUAGUCUAUUAUCAUAAUAUUGAAACAUCCAACUUUCCAAAGUUACUGUUGGCUCUCUUUCUUUAUUGGAUAAUGGCAUUUGUCACCAAAACAAUCAAGCUUGUCAGAUACUGCCAGGACGGUGUGCCUUUUUCUCAGCUGCGUUUCUGCAUCACUGGAAUUAUGGUCAUUCUCUAUGGACUGCUGAUGGCUGUGGAGAUCAAUGUUAUUCGAGUUAGGAGGUAUGUAUUUUUUAUGAACCCUCAGAAAGUAAAGCCACCAGAAGAUCUACAGGACCUGGGGGUGAGGUUUCUUCAGCCAUUUGUCAAUUUGCUCUCAAAGGCGACUUACUGGUGGAUGAAUACUCUCAUCAUAUCUGCUCACAAGAAACCUGUGGACUUGAAGGCAAUUGGGAAGCUCCCAAUUGCAAUGAGAGCACUGACAAAUUAUGUUUGCCUCAAAGAAGCAUAUGAGGAACAAAAGAAAAAGGUAGCAGACCAGCCCAACCGGAGUCCCUCAAUAUGGUUAGCAAUGUACAGUGCUUUUGGACGACCAAUUCUUCUCAGUAGCACCUUCCGUUACUUGGCUGACUUGCUGGGUUUUGCUGGGCCAUUAUGCAUUUCUGGCAUUGUCCAGGGCUUCCAGAACACAACCAAUAACACAAAUACAACAGAAAAGUUGAAGGAUCCAUCAAAUUCAUAUCUCUCCUCAGAGGAAUUCCUCAGGAAUGUCUAUGUUUUAGCAGUUCUCCUCUUCCUGGCCCUUAUCCUGCAGAGGACUUUCCUGCAGGCUUCCUACUAUGUGACUACAGAAACUGGUAUCAACCUACGAGGUGCUUUACUGGCAAUGAUAUACAAUAAGAUCCUGAGACUUUCCACAUCCAACUUGUCCAUGGGAGAGAUGACACUGGGACAAAUCAAUAACUUGGUCGCCAUAGAAACAAAUCAAUUAAUGUGGUUCUUGUUCCUGUGCCCCAAUCUGUGGGCUAUGCCUGUUCAGAUAAUAAUGGGUGUAAUCCUACUCUAUAAUUUGCUUGGAGUGAGUGCCUUGGUUGGUGCAGCGGUUAUUGUACUGUUAGCUCCAAUACAGUACUUCAUAGCUACAAAGUUGGCUGAGGCUCAGAAGAGCACACUGGACUAUUCUACUGAGAGAUUAAAGAAAACCAAUGAAAUACUAAAAGGCAUAAAGUUAUUAAAGCUCUAUGCCUGGGAGCACAUAUUUUGUACUAGCGUAGAAGAAACAAGAAUGAAGGAACUCACCAGUCUCAAAACAUUUGCUCUUCAUACAUCUCUUUCCAUUUUUAUGAAUGCAGCCAUACCAAUAGCAGCUGUUCUUGCAACAUUUGUGACUUAUGCAUAUACCAAUGACAAGCCACUGCAGCCUGCCCAGGCCUUUGCAUCACUGUCAUUGUUCCACAUCCUUGUCACACCAUUGUUUCUGCUCUCCACUGUGGUUCGUUUUGCAGUCAAGGCUAUCGUAAGUGUACAGAAGCUGAAUGAAUUUCUCCUCAGUGAUGAGAUUGGAGAUGACAGCUGGAGAGGUGGGGACAGCUCUGUGGCUUAUGAAUCCUGUAAGAAGCACACGGGACUUCACACCAAGGCCAUCAACAGGAGGCAGCCCUUGAGGUAUCAGCUUGAAAGCUAUGAACAACCAUCAAGGAGGCAAACACGUCCUGUGGAAACAGAUGACAUCGCAAUCAAGGUGACCAAUGGAUACUUUUCAUGGGGAAGCGGUUUAGCUACGUUGUCCAAUAUAAACAUCAGAAUCCCAACAGGUCAGAUGACAAUGAUUGUGGGUCAAGUUGGCUGUGGCAAGUCAUCACUUCUCCUUGCUAUAUUGGGAGAGAUGCAGGCACUGGAGGGAAAAGUUCACUGGAGCAAUGUAAAUGAGACUGAACCUUCUUUUGAAGCAUCCAGAAGUAGAAACAGAUAUUCAGUGGCUUACGCAGCUCAGAAGCCAUGGCUGUUGAACGCAACAGUGGAGGAGAACAUUAUAUUUGGGAGCCCAUUUAAUAAACAAAGGUACAAAGCUGUUACGGAUGCAUGCUCUCUGCAGCCUGACAUUGACUUACUACCAUUUGGUGAUCAGACAGAAAUUGGAGAAAGGGGGAUUAAUUUAAGUGGUGGCCAACGACAGAGAAUCUGUGUAGCUCGAGCACUCUAUCAGAACACCAACAUUGUCUUCUUGGAUGACCCAUUCUCUGCUCUGGACAUUCACUUAAGUGAUCAUUUAAUGCAGGAAGGGAUUUUGAAGUUUCUCCAAGAAGACAAGAGGACUCUUGUUCUGGUGACACAUAAGUUACAAUAUCUACCACAUGCUGACUGGAUCAUAGCAAUGAAGGAUGGAAUGGUGCUUAGGGAAGGGACACUAAAGGAUAUACAAAACAAGGAUGUUGAGCUGUAUGAACACUGGAAAACUUUGAUGAAUCGCCAAGAUCAAGAAUUGGAAAAGGAUAUGGAAGCUGACCAGACUACUCUGGAGAGAAAAACUCUUAGAAGAGCCAUGUACCCCAGAGAAUCCAAAUCACAACUGGAAGAUGAAGAUGAAGAGGAAGAAGAGGAAGAAGAUGAAGAUGAUAAUAUGUCAACUGUCUUGAGGCUCAGGACAAAGAUGCCAUGGAGAACCUGCUGGAGAUAUCUAACUUCUGGAGGAUUUUUCUUGCUCUUUCUGAUGAUUUUCUCAAAGUUGUUGAAACACUCAGUUAUAGUAGCCAUAGAUUAUUGGCUUGCUACAUGGACAUCCAUGGACAAUGAAAAUGAACUCAGGAAUGCUGCUGAUGCUAAGAGCACAAAGAAGACUUAUCAUGUAGCUGUCUUCAGCAUCCUCUCUGGAGCAGGAAUCGUCCUGUGCCUCAUCACAUCUCUCACUGUGGAGUGGAUGGGUCUUACAGCAGCCAAGAACCUACAUCAUAAUCUCCUCAAUAAGAUCAUCCUUGGACCAAUCAGGUUCUUUGAUAUGACUCCACUGGGGCUAAUUCUAAAUCGCUUCUCUGCUGAUACCAAUAUCAUUGAUCAGCACAUUCCCCCUACCCUGGAGUCUCUUACCCGGUCCACCUUACUCUGCCUGUCAGCCAUCGGGAUGAUCUCGUACGCCACUCCGUGGUUCCUUGUCGCCCUCGUGCCCCUUGGCAUAGCAUUUUACUUCAUCCAGAAAUACUUCAGAGUUGCUUCCAAGGACCUCCAGGAACUUGACGACAGCACCCAGCUACCUUUACUCUGUCACUUCUCUGAAACAGCUGAAGGCCUUACCACCAUCAGAGCAUUCAGGCACGAAGCCAGGUUUAAACAACGUAUGCUGGAACUAACGGAUACGAAUAACAUUGCCUACUUAUUUCUAUCGGCUGCCAACAGAUGGCUGGAGGUCAGGACGGAUUACCUCGGUGCCUGCAUAGUUCUUACUGCAGCUGUAACUUCCAUCACUGAAGGGCCUAACUCGGGGCUUGUGGGACUAGGUCUCCUGUACGCUCUGACGAUAACAAACUAUUUGAACUGGGUGGUGAGAAAUCUGGCUGAUUUGGAGGUGCAGAUGGGUGCAGUAAAAAAAGUACACAGCUUCCUGAACAUGGAGUCGGAGAACUAUGAUGGCUACUUGGACUCUUCUCAAGUCCCAAAAGACUGGCCUCAAGAGGGGGAAAUCAAGAUUGAAAAUUUGUGUGUGAGAUAUGAGAACAACUUGAAGCCUGUUCUCAAACAUGUUAAGGCCUAUAUUAAACCAGGACAAAAGGUUGGGAUCUGUGGUCGUACUGGCAGUGGCAAGUCAUCCCUGUCUUUGGCGUUCUUCAGAAUGGUGGACAUAUUUGAUGGGAGGAUAGUGAUUGACGGAAUAGACAUCAGCAAGUUGCCUCUUCAUACUCUUCGUUCCCGACUCUCCAUUAUCCUCCAGGAUCCAAUACUGUUCAGCGGUUCCAUCCGAUUUAAUUUGGAUCCAGAAUGCAAGUGCACUGAUGAUAGACUCUGGGAAGCUUUGGAGAUUGCUCAGCUGAAGAACAUGGUCAAAUCAUUGCCAGGAGGCCUUGAUGCAAUGGUAACAGAAGGAGGAGAGAACUUCAGUGUAGGGCAAAGACAGCUUUUCUGCCUGGCCCGAGCCUUUGUUCGCAAGAGUAGCAUUCUCAUCAUGGAUGAAGCCACAGCAUCUAUUGACAUGGCCACAGAAAACAUUUUGCAGAAAGUUGUGAUGACUGCCUUUGCAGACCGCACAGUUGUAACAAUAGCGCAUCGGGUUCACACUAUUCUAACUGCAGACCUGGUCAUCGUCAUGAAACGAGGGAACAUUUUAGAAUACGAUACACCUGAGAACCUGCUUUCUCAAGAAGAUGGCAUCUUUGCUUCAUUUGUCCGGGCUGACAUGUGAAGAAUCACACGAUGUAUGUUAAUAGCUUAUUUUUAAACAAAUCAAAUGCAAAUACUUUCUAUUCAAUGUAACAUCACUUAAACCUUUUUUCAGAGCUUUUUUUUUUCUUUACACGUCCAUCUUUCAAAAUAAUAAAACCCAUUACAAUACACAUAUGCCUCAAAGCAAUAAAAAUAUCAUUUAAUUAAAAAUCCAUUAAAAUUCACAAACACAAACACGCAGGCAGAAAGUUUUUAUUUCCUGGAAAUCUGGCAUUUUUCUUAGACAUUUUAAGUGACCUUAUUUUCUUUUAUAGACAACAAAAGAAUGCACUGUUCUUACAAACUGCAUAUGUUAUUGUGGAAGCAGGAAUCAAAUCGUGCAGUUUGUCAAGGAAGCUAGAGACCCCCAGAAGCAUUCAGUCCCCAGAGAGGAAAAUUAAAAAACAACAAAUCCAAACCCAUAACACUUGUGGCAAUCUGCUGCAUUCCAAAGGGAUAAACUUUGCUCUUCAAGUUGUAGUAGAUGGGCAGUGAAUGAAGAAAAGGAAUUUCAUCAGAAAUAAGGAAAUUCUUCCUGUCCUUCAUGUUAGUUCACACACUGUAGUUAGCACAGCACUAUUUUUUCAGUGCAAUGAUGGCUUAUCCCUACAGCCAGUUCCUAAAUCCAUAUUCAUUCUGCAGACUUUUUUGAAUCAAAGACCCAAAUCAUCCUAUAAUUAUGCAUGCUUUGAUAGGUUUAUAGAGUACAUUUUGUACAGUAUCUUAAGACUUCAUAUUAAAAUUAAUCUGAGUUUAUCUGAACUUGAUAUUAGUCAAUCUUUUAAACAUUUCCACUAAGAUAUUAUAUUUAAAAUGGCAUGUAAUUAGCCAACCACUAAAUGUUUUAUAUGUCUUUAGCCCUUCACAUUAUUUUUUAUGCUUGAACAACCUGUCUUUUCCUUUUCGCAUUUCUGAAUUACCUCUAAAUCAGACCUUGUCCAAGAAGACAUGAUUUUCAAACGAUUUCUUCAAGAUUUUAGGUGCACUUAGAUAGAUAUUUACCUCAUACAUGUUUGAAAAGGUUGCCUGCACUUAGCUAAUGCAUAUGGCUAGAUUCUGAACCGUGAUAACUGCACAAUGAGCAAUGAGCAAUGAACCCCCUCUAGAAGGGGUUUCAUAGACAUAUUUUCAAAGGCAGAGUUUGAGACAUCAGUUUCACUAGUAGUAUUCCAUGUGAUUCUUAUUCAUCUAUUUUUAUAGACAAUUUUUAUAUUUUAUAUAUAAACAUAUUUUGGCUGGCUGAGGGAGUUGGGGUCGUUCAGCCUGGAAAUGAGAAGGAUCAAGGGAGACCUUGUAGCGGCCUUCCAGUACCUAAAGGGGGCCUACAGGAAAGCUGGAGACGGACUCUUUGUCAGGGGGUGUAGUGAGAGGACAAGGAGUAAUGGCUUUAAACUAAAAGAGGGAAGGUUUAGAUUAGAUAUUAGGAAGAAAUUCAUCACUCAGAGGGUGGUGAGCCACUGGGACAGGUUGCCCAGAGAAGUUGUGGAUGCCCCAUCCCUGGAGGUGUUCAAGGCCAGGUUGGAUGGGGUUUUGGGCAACCUGGUCUAGUGGAAAGUAUCUCUGCCCAUGGCAGGGGGCUGGAAUUAGAUGAUCUUUAAAGUCCCUCUCAACUCAACCCAUUCUGUGAUUCUAUGAUUCUGUAAGAUUGAGGAUGAACAAGAAGUGCAGUUAUGCCUAUUUCUAGUGUAAAGAAAGAACAUGAGACAAUAGUUGCUACCCUUGGCCCCAAAAAGUAGGACGUGAAAUUGGAAUUGUAUUUAGUCUACUAUUGUAAAAAUGAUACAGUGGUUUAUGUUGUUGGGUUUGGGUUUUUUGUUGUUGUUGUUGUUGUUUUUCGUUUUUUUUUGUGUGUUUUUUCUUUUUUUUGUCAGUAAUGUGGGUCUUGUUUUGUUUUGGUUUGGUUUGGUUUUCCCAUCUUAACUAUUGGAAAUAAAAGCUUUGUGGCACAACUAAACAAAAAAAAUCAGCCUUGAAAAUUUUAAUAAGGGAAGCAUCAUGAUUUCCCUGUCUACUGCUGUGAAAAGUUUUUGCUCUUUUCCCAAUUAAUACCCUGCGUUGAACUCUGUCAUACAAAGAAAAUAAAAAAAUAAAACAGAUGUUUACAACAUGUUUUUAUAUAGAUUUCAGAGCCAAAAGGCCAGAAAUAUUCUUGGUUUAAUUUCAUUGUAUUCAGUGAAAAGCUAACUGGAUUCAUUGCUGCCAGACUCAGUCAGUGUGAAGAUGAAGUACAAAUAACUUUACCUGUGUAUCUUUCAUGAUGAUGCAGUCCUGAUUUAUUUUAAGCGGUACUGAUUCUAUCAUUGAAAUCCUAUUUCCUGUUAAGCCACAUUAAGUGGCUGUAGAGGAACUAGGAUUUGUUAGGCAUUCUAAAGAACUUAUAAGGGGACAACAGUUAGCACCUCUUUCCUCUUACAUUUGUCCCAAAGCCAUCACAGAAGUAAGAAGACCCUUCUUUGCUCAUACAUUCCUCCAGAGGUAUACAGUGUAAUAAACACUGCUAUUUCAAUAUGUAGAAAAGAAAAUAUAUUGUGGGCUGAGUAUAGUCUACCAGCAUGCUUGAUUCGUUUUGCUGGAGGAAUGCAGGAGUACUGCAUGGAGUUCAGGAGUUACGCGACUGUGGUCGAAGUGUUGGAUAAUCAUUGGAGCAUAUCCUCUAGCAAGUUUAAAAGCACGGUUUGGUUUCUCAAGCAAUUAAUCCUGCUCAGUACACACAGAUUCCAAGAGACAAAGCACACAGAUUGCCAUAGAUCUAUCAGAUCUUGCAUUUUAGCCAUCAUGCCUAUGUUAUGUACUUACCAAUGGAAUACAUUGAACUUUUGCUUUUUUGUGUUUCCCACUAAUGAAGAAGGGUGUUCCCAACAGUCACACAAGUCAGUUUUGUUACUAAAACGGGUGCAGAAGGGAUGAAGUCUUUGAAACAAAGUUCUCUUGAUUACAUGUAAAGGUCUUAACUGAGGCCCCUUUAGGAGCAGUUUUCUUAGGCUGUUGGGCCUACAUGGACAAGGAAGCAUCAGCCUAGAGAUUUUGCUUCUUUGACUCUUGCCACACUCCUGCCUCUGGUGUCACUCCUCAGCCCUUGUUCUCUUGCCACAACCUCCUUGCUUUUUUUCCUCCCUCAGCACCUCCAUAUAUCAUAACCUCUUUGAGGUUCAUGUUUGUAUUCCUGAGUGCUCCCUACUCUGCCUGUGGCCUUCCACUCCUUUAUUUAACUCCGUGCCCUCUGCUCUAUUUCCUCUCUGACACAGCUUUGCUCUCUCCUCCUUCCCCUGCUUUUCUCUAGCUUGCUAUCCUAACACCCCUCCUCUUCAGGGGACACAUACUCUAGUGUGAUCAUGAUUUGGAUUUUUUUCCCCAAAAGCAGUAACUAAAUAAGGCUUCACUAUUACAAUAUUAUACUCUAGAAAUAUCAAGUUCCUCCUUUUACAAAGGAGCUUUGAAUGCAAACACUGGCCACAUGUACAUUUUUUUAAACUAUGGAUAGAGGAAAAUCACCUCUUGUGAGACUUCCUAAAUUAAGUUUCUCAUCUCAUCUGUAAUUUUUUUUCUCUGUCAAGUGUUUUUCUGGAAUGUUUGAAGUAAAAUAGAAGGUGUAAGGUCCCUUUUUGCCAAUGCAGCUGUUUGUGGAUCCACAACUGUGUUCCUCAACCUUUGAGCUGCAACCAGUAGAUUGUCUUUCCCUUUCCCUGAGGUAGAUGUAUUGGCUGGCACAAAUGGCUCUGUGCCCUUCUUGUAUGUGGUCUUUCACCACACUAGUAACAGCUAGCUGCUCAUUACUGCUUCUCCUCCACCAGCAAUGCCCCAUACAAAUGUUGUGUUUAUUUCUGGGCCAAAAUGUUCAUGUGCCGUGAAUCCCAUUGCAGGGGUUUUAAGUUGUGUUUCAGACAGGUCCAUAAGCCUCUGCUAUCAACACCGUUGACAGGUAGGAGGGUGAAACUUCUUCCUCCUUCAGAUCCAGCACAAUGGAUGUUGCGAUUCAUCUAAGCAGUACUGUUUUACUAAGGGUUUUCCAGGUAAUUUCAACAUGAAAGAGAUGAUGAGAAUCUCCUUAAGCAUAGCUUUGUUUGAACCACUUGUGUUCUACUAACUGUUAUUUAUGACUCAGGAAUUUGGGGAGCAUAACAAUUUUUUUGGACUUGACAUUUCAAACAAUACAGUUGCCAAAUAGGAAAGUUUUUUUGUUUGUUUGUUUGUUUGUUUGUUUUGUUCUUGUUUGUGUGCGUGUGUUUUUUUUAAGGAAAUAAAUCUAUGGCUGUGA